AUGAAGCCGCGGCUGUUGCUGAUGGGUCAGCGUCGAAGCGGAAAAUCGUCCAUCACCCAUGUGGUGUUCCAUAAACAUCCUCCUCAGGAGACGAUCUUCAUCGAAUCCACUACUCGUAUUCUCAAGGAAGUUUUUGAGUAUGCCGCAUAUCCAUCUUUUAUGGACUUCCAAAUCUGGGACUUUCCAGGCCAGCUCGACUACUUUGACCCAGCAUUUGACUCCGGCGACAUUUUCAAGAAUAUUGGCGCUCUGAUCUGGGUCAUUGAUGCGCAAGACGACUAUAAUGAUUCCCUGAAUCGGUUGGUGGUCACAAUCAUGAACCUUCAGUCAACCGAGUACCGAGAUAUACUGGUAGAGGUAUUCAUUCACAAGACAGACGGGCUACCUGACGAAAUCAAAGGCGAUGUAUACACAGACAUUACCUCCAGAGUCAGCGACGAACUAGCUGAUGCGGGCUACAUCAAUCCUCGCGUCACCUACCAUGUCACCUCGAUAUUCGAUUCUAGCAUAUUCGAAGCCCUAAGCCGAGUUAUCCAGAAGCUAAUUCCAGAGCUCAACACCUUACAAACACUGCUCAACAUUCUUGCAGAUAACACAGGCAUGGAGAAAGCGUACCUGUUCGAUAUCAACAGCAAGAUCUACGUGGCCAGUGAUACGAGGCCCGUCGAUAUGGGCAGCUAUGAGAUGAGUUCUGCUAUGAUCGACUUUGUCCUUGACACAAUCGACCUCUUCAACUAUCCUAGAAAGGAGGCGAAGCCACUGGGCGCACAGAUGGAUGAGGUCGAAGCAUCUGUAACAUUCUCUCACGACAACUCUCUAAUGCUGAUUUUGAAAGAGGUGAAUCGAUAUCUGACUCUUGUUGGCAUUAUCAAAGCAAAGGACGCGAAGGACAAAAAGGGUCUGAUCGACUACAAUGUCCAUAUCCUGAGUGAAGCUGUCAACAAAGUUUUUGCUGUCAAAGAGAAAGAACACAGCAAGGCAUCAAGCGAGCAAGGCGAUCCGGACUCGACAGACAACGAAGCUGUAUGA